AUGCAGUUAUGCAGGAGACAAGCCUGGGUUCGGAGAUUCAUCGACAACUGCAGAAAAUCGAAUGAAGAUCGUAAGAUCGGAGAAUUGAGCCCAGAGGAAAUAGAAAGGUCAGGAGACGUGAUCAUCUCCAAGGCACAACAAGAUACGUUUGCUGAAGAAUGCAAAGCAUUACGUCGAGGAGGUAAAAUUCACAAGACAAGCAAGCUAUCGGACCUGAACCCAAGGAUCGAUGAAAAUGGUGUCCUUCGAAGUGACGGACGACUGACCCAAGCGGAAUUCCUACCGUUUGAGACGAAAUACCCAGUGAUACUACCUAGAGGACAUCACGUCACAAGAUUGAUAAUGGCAUACAGCCUGGAUACGGAUUCAUUCCUCAAUGCAUUCAAUCGCAUGAUCAACAGACGUGGCAUCGUAAAGGAGAUGACAUCAGACAAUGCAGGAAACUUUGUAAAGGGGAACCGUGAGUUGCGUGAAAUCGUUGAGCAGUUCGAUCAAGAAAGAAUCAAGAAAGAAACCUCUACGCUUGGAGUGAGAUGGCAUUUCAACCCCCCAUUAGGACCACACCACGGAGGAGUACACGAGAGCCUAAUCAAAUCUGCCAAAAGGGCAAUUCAAGCAGUUCUUGGGAAGGCCGACAUAACAGACGAAGAACUGAUGACAGCUUUCACUGGUGUCGAGGCUCUAUUGAACUCAAGACCUCUGACGUACCAGUCAGCAGAUCCGACAGACAACAUUCCGUUGACGCCAAAUCACUUCCUCCAUGGACAGUUAGGAGGGCAAUUCGCACCAGAGGCGGUAAACGUCGUGCAGUACAAUCCAACGAAACGGUGGAGAGUAGUACAACAAUUGAUCAAGCAAGUUUGGGAACGGUGGAUGAAAGAUUUCAUUCCAGAAUUAAAUCGGCGGAAGAAAUGGAGAAAGGAAGAACCAGAUAUGGACGUAGGAGACGUUGUACUGGUCAUGGAAAGUAGCACAACGCGCGGAAACUGGGACGAAUCACAGAAGUCUUCAAGGGAAAAGAUGGCCAUACACGAGUAG